AUGGAAUCUCCAUCUGAUGCGCCCUCUAAGCGGGCCGAUGUCGUCAAGCGCGUCUCUCGGGCAUGUUUACAUUGCCGUCAACGCAAGUCGCGAUGUGACCUGGAUACCAAUGGAAAUCCUGGCAAGCCGCCGUGCCAACGCUGUGUGCGCGAGCAUCGCGAAUGCGUCCUCGGUGGUUCCAACCGAGGCGGACGCCGCAUUCGCAAGAACAAAAUCAAAAAUUUCACCCCAGCGGCCAAUCCAUCGCCGAGUAAGGAACCGGAGGGAAUCUUCAGUCCUGCGAAUUCGGAUGUGCGCCGUGCGCCAUCUGCAUCUACUGUAUCGGUAACUUAUCCCGGACCGGUCGUCUUCAUGCCUCCCAACCCCCCCGGCUUCAAGCUCCGCGGUAUCGCCACCCAUAGCGCCCCGGCUCCUGAAGUGCACGGCCACCGUGCACGGUCGGAGUCCGGUAGCUUCUCCGCAUUCAAUGGCCUGCGCAACGGCGUUGUAUCCGAUUUCAAUGCUCCGAACACUGGUAUCAGAGCUUAUCGGUUGGUUCAGUCACGGUCUUUAGAUCCUGGGACUGUUUGGCAGCUUGUUACUCGUUAUGCAGAGAAUUUCCACCCGUACCUUCCAUUAGUUCCACGGAGAUAUUUUGAGCGCACUGCACUUGACGACUUCGCCAACAAUGAGAAAUACCUACUCACUGCUGUGCUUACAAUUGCCUCUAAAGAUCUUGUCGACCGACCCGAGAUUCAUGAAUACUGUUCAAAAUACAUGCAUGAGUUGAUCUCGGGUAUUGCCGCUGGCGCAGACUGUGAUGUCGAAGCAGUCGAGUCUCUUCUCUUACUAGCCGAGUGGGAACCACAAGGGCUGCGACCUCGCGUCGAGCGCGUGGGUCGCGGAGAAGAGGACAGAGCUGCGUGGAUGCAUGUUGGACUCGCAUUGCGCUCGGGUUAUUUUAUUGGAUUGGAUCGAACGUCCUUCCGUGGGGAUCCAUAUGGAGAUCAAGAGACCGAGUCUCGUCGAAGAUUAGCCUGGGCUAGCUGCUAUGUCUCUGAUCGAUUGAUCUCUGUGCGCAUUGGCCGUGCUUUCUGGUCGCGUGGUCCAGGUCCGAUGACUGGCCUUGUUAGCCAGGAUUUUCCAUCGCUACAGCCAGCAAAAGAGGGCGAUGAGGAUUACUCCAAGAUUUUCCAGGCUAUGUUGGAUCUGACACAGCUGUACGGGAAUGUGCACGAAGUUUUAUAUUCUGGGAUGCGCACCAGCAAUCAAAUGAUGCUGAUGGGAGACUAUGUGAAAUAUGUUGAUGAUUUUCGACUUGCUAUUCUGCGAUGGAAGUCUCUUUGGGGACCUCUGGACUGCUCAGCUCCUAUGAAGGCAACAUUACAGUUGUCAUACGAAUAUUUGCGGCUAUAUACGACUGCAUUCGCAUUUCAGGCAGCGAUUUCCCAGUCCUUGGCCAAGCCGAAGACUGGUGCAAACUCACAUCGGGAAGAACUUCGGUCGACUUUCAAGAAUGUGGCUUCGAUGCAAGAUUCUCGUUUCAUCUAUGAGUCGGUUGAUGCAGCCAAGGCCUAUUUGACCAUUCUCGUGGAUUCGGUAGAUCCUGAGAGACAUUUACAUUUCAUGCCACUCCGCUUCUAUCUAUAUGGCAUCUACUCUGCUGUCUUUCUAUACAAGGCUCGUUCUUUCGGAAUGAUGGUUCCUUCCGAGGAAGCCAAGGUCCAAGGGCUUGUCGCUCGAACUACAGAGGUCCUCAAACAAGCUAGUGCUGGCCCCGAUGACAUCGGAGCCCGCUACUCUCACCUGCUGGAGCUUCUGUGGAAGACAAAGCCGUCAAUUUCAACAGCAGCCACAAAUACCCAGCAGAACAGCGACUUCAUGCAAACAGCUCUACCAAACCCCGUCUCUGAUACCUACAUGGAUUUUAGCCCGGCCAACGACUUUUCCUGGCUGGACCUGGAAGCUGUGGGCGCUGGUCAAGAUGGUGACCAAAAGCCGCCGGGCGCUACGGCAAAUGAUGCGGGGCUACGGAGCUCCUCUCGGAGAACACCCCGACCAUCGCGGGGGCUACUUCUCAAAUAUUUCUUCUGUACAAUGUCACUCAACGAGAUCCGCGGGCGUCUAGCCCUAAUCACCGGCGCAUCUGGAGGAAUUGGUGCAGCCUGUGCGCGCCAGCUCGCUCAACAUGGAACCCACCUCGCCCUGACAUACGCAACCAACCUUGAUGCAAUGAACACGAUUGUCGCAGACAUACAGUCAAAGUAUUCCGAGAGCAACCUCCGUAUAUCAAUUCACAAGGUUGAUGUCGGAUCUGCCGAUCAGAUCGAAGCCAUGUUCCAGCAGAUCGACAAGGAGCAUGGCCAACGGCCAGAUAUUCUCGUCUCCAACGCCGGCUAUGGCAAGCGAUUCCCCAACAUCUGGGAGAUCGAACUUGAAGAGUUUGACUAUACGCUCAAUGUCAAUCUCCGUGCAUCAUUUAUACUGGCCAAGGGUGUUGUGGAGCACAUGAAGAGCCAGCGCUGGGGACGCAUUAUUUUCAUGUCCUCAAUUGCUGCGCAAGGUGGAGGUAUUAAUGGAUGUCAUUACGCCGCUUCCAAAGGCGGCCUCACAGGCAUGAUGAAGAACCUCUCAACUCGUCUAGCCGAGUUUAACAUCAGCGUCAAUGACGUUGCUCCUGCGAUGAUUGGCGACACGGGCAUGAUCCCCAACGCUGCCGCAAUUCCCGAAGUCGCAGCUGGCAUUCCGCUACAGAGACUAGGCACACCUGAAGAGACAGCAAAUGUGGUCACGAUGCUAUGUAAAACUGGGUAUAUGACAGGCCAGAGCCUCCUGCUGGCUGGGGGAUUGAAGUAG